AUGGCCUCCGCGAGACCAGCGACACUGGCACAUCGGUACCUGCCUCCCCAGGAUCCAGCAUUGCGGACUCAACCCGAGAUACGCUUGUGCCCGGAACUCUGGCUCAAAUAUCAGCAGAUAUCUGCAAGCAUGCUGACCCGCAUGGAGAAGAGUGACAUGCUAACAGAACUGAAGGCCAUAACACGAGAAGAGGUUGCGGCGGUGCGCACCGACCAAACAGCAUUGAAACAGCGUGUGGAUGACCUGGAGGUAGACCGCCUGCAAAACACGCAACGCCAGGAGGCCACGGACCUGGCGACCACGAGGCAAGGCAACAUUUUUCUUGACCUCCACCGACAGAUUGAAGACCUCGACAACCAUGGCUGGCGUAAUAACAUUAGGAUCCGGGUAAUACCAGAGGCGGAGGGAGAGGUGCCGCAGAAGAUCCUCAUGGGCCUGUUCACACACCUGCUAGGAGACGCAGCACCAAGUGACUUCGGCAUCGAAAGGGCACACGGGGCGUUACGAGCUCCCAGACGAGAUGGCCUUCCAAGUGAUAUAAUCUGUGCACUGGUGUCAUUCCAAUUAAAAAAAUCCCUAAUGCGAGCAGCCAGAGACCAGCAGCAAAUAACCUACAUGGACGCGCAGGUUUACCUCUUUCAGGAUCUCUCCAUGAUCACCUUGGAUGCCUGCCGGGCCCUUAGGCCACUCACCCGCCUAUUGCAAGAGAGGAGAAUCCCAUAUAAAUGGGGGUUUCCGUUUAGCCUGCAGGCCUGGGUGGGCAACAUGUGGCACGUCAUCCGCUGGCAGAACGAUGUACCCCGUUUUCUCCGAUCCGCCGGCUUGCCUGCUAUCCCGGUGCCGAACUGGAUCCUGGAGGGCCCACCGGCACGAGCAACAGGACCGACAGAGGUAGCACACAACCUCCAGCCGGAUCCCAGACCGCAACGGCACAGAGGCGGCACAGAGGCCCAGAGGAGUAAAAAGCACACAAAGUGUGCAGAGGCUGCGCCCCGGACAUUCCCCGACCUGCACCUGUUUCGAUACUGA